UGGUUGUAUAAAAAAAAUCUCUUUAUUCAAUGACUUACCAACCUGAUGAAACAUUUCACGGAAGCUUUACGUCAUAUUUCAGGUAAGCCAGCCGACUGGUUGUCUGCCAACCCUGGGGGUAACAACAACAGCGGCACAGACUUAGCAGUUACAUCAAAUAGUUUCAUAUCCAGCAUGAUGCUCAAUGACAAUGUAGUCAUAGUUGUUUUCGCCAUCCUCGUGAGUUGUGCCAGUAUAGACCUGACAUGUUUUCCUGGGUGCACGAGCACAAAAUCUUGGUCAUCCUGUCUUCCCGACCAUUCUAAACCAUCACAUAUUCAUCCCAGUCGGAAGAUAGGCGCCUGUAUAUUAUGCCGUGCGCAUCUACAGGAACAGCCAGUACUAAAUAACACCUACCAUCCAAACUCAACAUGCCUUCCUAACAGCAACCGAGUAGGAAUCCAGGGGUUUUCGUUUGGGGUACUGUCAGUUGAGAAACUACGACCGCCCCAGCAAUCAAAAGUACAUGACCUUGCUCUCAUUGAGUGUGGAAUCACAGAUUUGGAACAGGGUCUUUUGGCUGAGUUUCCUGACUUGCAGUGGUUAUAUCUUGACUACAACAACCUGACCCACGUCAAGCAAAACUGGUUCGAUGCUGAGCAGUUUAAAACCCCUCGUUUGUACUACCUGUCGUUGUCACACAACUACAUAAGUAACAUAGAUUCAAAAUGCUUUGAAAAGCUUCCUUUCCUGCACACACUGAUACUUGACAGUAACCGUUUGCAAAGUGUCCAGCCAUCUUGGUUUCACAAGCUAAAGUUAGACAAACUUUCUUUGAAAUCAAAUUCUAUCAAAAGCGUUGCUCUGCAGACGUUUAAGUCCAUGUCCCGGAACCUAAACCUAGACUUGAGUAUGAAUGAGUUGACCUGUUUGUCAAGGGAAACUGUAGAAGGGAUACCCAAACUAAGAAAACUGUCACUGGGUGGGAAUAUGUUGCUUGCUGUCCAUAAUUUGGUAAUGAGGUGGCAAAUUGUCUAUCAGUACUACAGGUUUUCCGGCCAGCGGAUUGCGGUAAUGGUUAACGAAACGCUUUUCUGUAUCACUGCAGUCCCCCUACUGAAGCAAUUUUAUCAGGUCCAGAUGGAAUGUAACCCCCAGACACAUGCAGCAUGGCCAAGUAUUGACAGUCGAUGCACUUUUCUUACUACCAGUAGACUAACAAGAAGCCAGAAAAAGUACAGCUUUCCGUUGAUUCUCAUAUCAGUAAAUAACUCAGAAUCAGACAAAUAUGCUAAAAACACCGCCCACUUGUGCCAACAUGCUUGGGAAAAUGUCUCCACUGUAAAGGUAGCGUUACGGGGAGACACUACUCUGCAGAUUGUCCCCAUAGGUGUAGAGAAAUCCUACAAUCCUCAAAGUUUUGCUAUAGUUCUAUCAGAUGUCAUCAUGUCAAAAGAAAACACCACUGCGUCUCCUCUUGAAGAAAUGACGAAUAUAACAUGUUUGGUCUACACUUGGGAUAAGACCUACCAACAUGUCUUCACCGCACCCUUGUCUAGUACUCCUGAUGACCCCGUGUGUGUAGAAAAGGCCACAAGAAAUCCUGGUAGUACCUUCAACGGUACACGAGAGGGGAUAGCUCUGACCACAAGAGAAUCUAACAUCACAACAACAAAGGUAACUCUGAAUCAGACAAGCAGACUGACUACAGUGUGUACAUGUAGUCCCUGUCCAAAUGGAACUGUGACAAAGGAGAGAUCCCCACAUGUAGCGAUCGUUAUAAUGGGAACUGUAAUAGGGGUAGUGCUGGUAGAACUGCUGGUAGCGUACGUUAUCAGAAGGCAGCGUUGUUGUUCACGGGGCCACCUAGCGGGAGUCCGUGGUACAGCACCUAACAGGUGUCAGCAGUCAUCAGGUGAUGAUCAACAGUACAGUGAAAUUCCCGACGAGUACUACAACCAACAAAACACUGUGCAAUCCACCACACCACGGACUGAUCAUCAUAAGUACUACAACUACCACCGUAACUCAAGACCAGGGGCACAAAAUCCUUACUGGGAAAUCCCGGAUGAGUACUACAGCCGCUACCACACGUACACAUACCCUCCGACACGCCGGGUGCCUGACAAGAGCUACUCUGUAACAAUUAAUGCUGCUGCAGCUGAGGUGGUCCUUCCUUCAUCAACCAGGCGGGGCGGCAAACAUCCAUCCUACGAUAUAGCUCCACAAGUCUGGAGAGACUCACAGAACCACCAGAUACCUGUACGUGGGCGUCAGACUAAUAUCAGAUCACACAGAAUUGUAGCGCCUAGUAGUAAUCCAAGAUAUAUGAAUCUGAUUGGUAAAUAUUGCAAAACAUUGAGAACUGCAAAGUUCAGAAAGCAGAGAAUGCCUCUGUACAAUAAUCCCUUUACCCAGCCCGACAGACAUCAGAAAAGUUCAAAGUACGAGGCCGCACUCAGAGCUGAACCAUCAAAAAACCAAAGUCACCCAAACAUAUCAUGUCAACAGGCUUCAAAAGGGGUCAUUAACAUUUCUCAAGGUCUUACACUGGCAAGGUGUGAGCGUGAUAGCAAAGGUCAAGUUCACAGGUCCAAAACUCUAGACAUGAGUGUAUCUCACUUAAUGAAGUCCACAAAAAAGGCAAGCCAUCAUCGUCAGAGUAUUUAGGUAUGAUCACAGGUUCAGGUCAUGAAAUAUAAAACAACAUACCACCAUGGCACGACCGUCUUUCUUCGGCCUAACCCCAUAACCAAUGAAAACUUGUUGCCAAACGACUAACGCAGUAGCAUGCUGAAGGUUAACUUUCCAAUGUUUAACUAAAUUUUACUGCAUGCUGAGGAAACGAAAUAGAAAAAAGUGGUAAAUUCUGACCCUUUACCAUUUUGCACGAGUGACUUUACAGAGAGCAAGCUUUUUAUACCCUGAAUGUUUAAAUAAUUCUCAUCCAAGUGUGCAUUUGUACAUCCCCUUUUGA